UUAACUCAAUUUCUCGCCAAUAAACAGUAGUAAUAGAUUAAUUGCUCAAGAAACUUGGUUGUCUGCGGAAAACAAGAGCUUUGCCAUGGAAACUGUACAGGACAUUGAGAAGUCAUGCGACCAGGAUCAUGUGGAUACGAAUGAAAAGACAGCAGGAAGAAUAGAUUUGUGUCAAACACAUAACUUGAGGAUGAAGGCUCGAAUCGGGAGAAGAUAUCCGACACCAAUGGCAGAGAAAGUGCGCCACAAGCGACAAACAAUGAAGAGUAUGGCUCGACCUCUCAAACAAUGGUUGUAUCAUCACAAAGACUACCCAUACCCGAAUAGAAAAGAGAAGCUACAUCUAUCAAUGGAAUCUACCAUGACCCUUGUUCAGGUGUCCAACUGGUUCGCUAACGCCCGCAGACGUCUGAAGAACACUGUACAUGACCCGGCGAUGUCGUGGGAGAAGAGAAUCCAUAAGUACAACAAACACGUGACUGGUAACGCUGAGAGGCUAAGCAUUAGCUCUGUGGAAUCAUCAGGAGGAGAUGACUUUGAUGAUGAGGAGGAAUUCGAUGGAUUCGAGUCUGAUGAUAGCAGCACUGUAAACUAUGCCCAGGACGUCACGACGUCUACUAACGAACUGCAGGGCGCCAACCACAAUGUCCAUAACGCUACACAUCCAGGAAUUUGUUCACCACAUCCACUAUCAUCAGUACCUCACAUCGCAUCUCACAGCGACCACCAAGGACAAUCCUUACCAACUCACAAGUACAAACAUAGCAUCAUGCAACGCUACCUCAAUGAUACUUAUAACCAUGCUCAGCAGCGGCAGGCUGAGGCAUCCACAGUCGCUGCCUCCAUGGAUAGCUCACACACGCUCUUGCCGGAAGAGAACUCUUUGAACCUGCCGAAUUACACGGACCGCACCGCUGGGAGACUUACUGGUCAAGAAUGGUCUAAGUUUCGAGCAUCAGGGUCAGUUAACUCUCACGAGUAUGAACGCAUGUCAACGUCACCAGAAACUACGAUGUCUUCGAGCAUUGGAAGCUAUCGCCAAAGACACUGCUCUGAAGAUUACUCCUUAUCUUCAUCCUCCAAUGAUUGGACCUCUUUCCUCAAAGACACAAAGAGUGCAGAUUUUAAGAACGAGGAGGAUGAGGAGACUUACUGGCAGGAGAUCGUAGCAGCGGUCGCUCUAACCAACAUGGCGCGCUCUCGUCAACAAGGUAAAUAGCCGAGACGGGUCAAGAACAGAACUCAAGAAUCAGAUGGUCUCGAAGAAUCACAGGUGGUCAUUUGGAGUAUAGUUAAGAUGGAUGAAUGCUAUACUUCCAAAACAAGGAACAGUCCUGUCCUAUGAAGUAGAAAGAACCAUAGACAGUCGUUUGGAAGAUUCCAAAAUCGUGGACCUGCAGUGUAAUUUACUUUCCGCUAAAUUUUAGUCAUCGGGACGCUGCAAGGGAAGUUUGUGACAGGAGUUAAAUGAUUGUCUUUGCAGGAUUAGAGCUUGAAUUACCUCCAUCUCAGGCUCUUCUAGGGAAUAUAAGUGAUCUGUCUUUCGAACUACAUGUUGUUUAAUGUGGAACAUGUGUCAUUAUUUUUAUAUGACACACACAAAAAACAAAACACGGAUCCGGAGUUGUUAUCUUAUUGCGGACGCUGCAAGGGAAGUUUAUGACAGAAAUAUAUUACUAAUGAUUUUGUUUACCCGAUUAGGGCAUUAAAUACAAUUUGUCAAUGUAACAUGAAAACAGAAACAAGUGAGCUAUCAUCACUAUACGAAAUUGUGUGACGGUGUGAUUCAUCUAUGAAGAUGCCUAAAACGGUAUCAACAAAAAAUAUAUGGUUUUACUUGGACAUCGAUUAAAGUUCCAUGGUAGAUAUUGCUGAAUUAGCUAUGGACUUCUACCAUUAUGGGAAAAUCAUUGAAAGAGACGGCGAUAUAUGUUAUCUGUUUUUCAAAGGAUAUUAUUAUGAGUACAGGGAAGCGUAAGGGAAAUCAUCGUUCGGAAAGGACCUCGAACAGUUGUCUUGCUGCCACUAGGGUUAUAAAUACGGACUUGUGAUUGGACAGGUGUCUGGUGUGACAUAAAGGUGAAAUUAAUAAAUUCCGGCUAGAAUUUCCCGCCUCUUUUAUUUGUUUUAAAAGUUAUUGUGUCAAAUAAAAGAGCGUUAAUAUUAUGUGUCACACUUUGAUAAUAAAUCGUCUGUGUUCAUAAAUACACCUUUCCAUCUGUUUGCACGUAAUAUACAAAGAAUCUCAUUUUGCGGGCUUGGACCUGAUGUCAUAAAAGCGUCAUGUAGAUCCGUAACAAUGCCGCACAUUUUCAUGAACUCAGUAUCAAAGUAUAUGCAAAAAGUCUUGCAGGAAGACAUUUAAAGACAAGUUUUCUCAUCACACAGCAUGGCGUGAAAUUGGGCGACUACGCACUAUAAUGUUGCCAAUGCUUUUUUUUCUACCCAUGCACCAACAAAAGUUUUAGGGCUACUUUUCCGGGGGAUAAGUAUUCGGUUUUGCUGAAGACAUAUUCUGAAAUACCUCCCUCUAAUGUCCAUGUCUAAAGAUCACAGCACUGUUUGAUCAAUUUGCAAAGGAAGACAUAAACUACUGUACAUACACAUGUAUAUAUUUUAAAUUGUCGACCUUGGGAAGACAGCUGUAAUCAAUGUGCUAUUUUUAGAUGGCCAGUAGUGCUGCAAACAUAGCUUGGAAACAUACCACUUAGAAUAGAGUAGGUUUAAGAAAUGGAUGCCGGGAUACCAAAUAUUACGAAAAAAUCUCCUUAUGUCAUCAGAUUCAUCUUUGUUAUUGGUUGUUUUCAAAUGUCUUUGUGUUUUUAUUUCCUUUAUAAUAUUCUUAAAGAUUACUUGCCAAAGGUUUUAUUUCCAUUUCAUGGACUUUGUUGAUGUACAUAAUGUAACACUUUUAAAGUUUUGUUUUACCUUGUUUCUUACAUUUCGAUUUUUACUUCA